AUGACUGACGUCACAGUAAAUGAACAUGUGAGCUACGACGUCACAGUAAAUGAACAUGUGAGGCAUGACGUCACAGUAAAUGACCAUGUGAGCUAUGACGUCACAGUAAAUGAACAUGUGAGCUAUGACGUCACAGUAAAUGAACAUGUGAGCUAUGACGUCACAGUAAGUGAACAUGUGAGCUAUGAUGUCACAGUAAAUGAACAUGUGAGCUAUGACGUCACAGUAAAUGAACAUGUGAGCUAUGACGUCACAGUAAAUGAACAUGUGAGCUAUGACGUCACAGUAAAUGAACAUGUGAGCUAUGACGUCACAGUAAAUGACCAUUUGAGCUAUGACGUCACAGUAAAUGACCAUGUGAGCUAUGACGUCACAGUAAAUGAACAUGUGAGCUAUGACGUCACAGUAAAUGAACAUGUGAGCUAUGACGUCACAGUAAGUGAACAUGUGAGCUAUGACGUCACAGUAAAUGACCAUGUGAGCUAUGACGUCACAGUAAAUGAACAUGUGAGCUAUGAUGUCACAGUAAAUGAACAUGUGAGCUAUGACGUCACAGUAAAUGAACAUGUGAGCUAUGACGUCACAGUAAAUGAACAUGUGAGCUAUGACGUCACAGUAAGUGAACAUGUGAGCUAUGACGUCACAGUAAGUGAACAUGUGAGCUAUGACGUCACAGUAAAUGAACAAGUGAGCCAUGAGUUGCAGUUAAUGAACAUGUGA